AGUUAGUGAUGGGUCAUGCGCACAAGCAUCGGCUCUGAGAGCCGGCUCUUUGUAGUGAAUCAGAAGAGCCGGCUCGCAUCGAGUGAGAGCCGGCUCCCAGUUUUUUGCCCAUUCGCUGCUUAGGUUUCACUUUCACAGAGGUCUGUUAUGAUUGGCCAGCAUGGCGACCAGCAUGCGGCAUUCACGUGAGAAUUAAGGAUGUGUAAACAGAGAGGGGGCGGGGCAGACACACCACUUGACUCCACUGCAAGUGAAGAGAGAGACAGAGCGGACUGAGGAGCGUGUGUGCGUCUUGCAUUGUCGUGUCGUUUAACUAUGAGUGACACUAGAAAGCGAAGCAGCAUCUGGCUGCAGUUUAAAGAUAUUGGGAACAAGAAAGCAGAGUGCCUUCACUGCAAAACGAAGGUCACUAUAAGAGCAGGUUCCACCACAAACCUGCAUAGACAUACAAGAACUGUCCAUCCUACAGUGCAGUUAGAGGAGAGAGGGCAAGCCAGCUCACCAUCUACUGAUCCUGGUGUGUCUCAUACCAGAACAACAGCUGCUGUAACGUCUACUGCCAUCCCCAUGCGUGCAAGUAUAACCUCUCCUACUGCAACUCAAAGCAAAAUAAGUCAGUUUUUACCUAAACUGAUGACCCCAGCCAAACAGCACAGUAUUGAUGAUGAGUUGGCUAAAAUGGUAGCUUCUGAUUUUCAACCCUUUUCCAUUGUGGAGGACAAAGGAAUGAAAAACUUUGUCAAAGCCCUAAAUCCCACAUACACUCUACCCAGUAGAAAAACACUUUCCCAAACAAUGAUCCCAAAACUAUAUGACACAGAACGUGCAUUAUGGCAAGAAAGGGUGACAAAAGCUCCAUCAGUUUGCCUGACAACUGACUGCUGGACCUCCAGAACAACCUGCUCUUUCAUGUCUGUCACUUGCCACUUUAUUGAAGAUUACAAGAUGACAUCUUGCCUUCUGGACUGCUUCGAGUUCACCGACAGACACACUGCAGAAAACUUGGCAGUGGAGCUACUAAGAGUGGCAAAAGAGUGGCAAGUAGAGGACAAAGUGGUGUGCUGUGUGAGUGAUAAUGCUGCAAACAUCACCAAAGCCAUAAAAGUUUUGAAGUGGACCCAUCACCCAUGUCUGGCGCAUACACUAAACCUGGUGGUUAGAGAUGCUCUGAAGGUGAUCAAAACAACCGUGGAUAAGGUGAAGGCUGUUGUGGAGUUUUUCCACAAAAGCACAGUAGCAGCACAGAAGCUAAAGUCCACACAGCGCCAAAUGGGGAUUCCUGAACUGAGGCCCAAACAAGAGUGUGCCACCAGGUGGAACUCAACAUUUGAUAUGUUGAAACGAAUGCUUGAAAUAAAAGAUGCCAUCAUCUCCACCCUGGCCCUCAUCAACGCAUCUAUUGAGCCAUUAAGCCAAGAGGAAUGGGAGCUGGUGAAAGAGGUCUGCGCCGUCCUGCAACCAUUCCAGGAGGUGACUGUGGAGAUAAGUGCAGACAGGUACCUAGAACCAUUGAAGCAUUGUUUUCUCUACUACUAUUCAGUCACUAUUAUACAUUGCAAACACAACACAUACAGUAUAAUGCAUCACGUAUAAUAUGCCACAUACUUUUAAAAAACUAAAUUCUAAAAGUUGCUGUUUUCUCUCCUUCAGCUAUGUCACAGCCUCGAAAAUGCUCCUGCUUUGCAAAGGUCUGCAGCUGGUGACAGCCGAGAACCAAUGGACAGUAACUGUGCAGAAAGUGAAGGAAUUAGUUGCAGCUCUUUGUUCAGCCAUGGACCGCAAAUUUCUGCGGAUGGAGUACAACACUGUCCUUUCAGAAACUACCUUAUUGGAUCCAAGGUUUAAAAAACUUGCCUUCAGUGAUCGUAGAGCUGUUGAUGAAGCUCUUCAGAGGAUUAGUGCAGCAGCAGCAGCAAAAUGCACCCCCAGCAGCCAGCCAGCUCCACCAUUACAGGGCCAAGUGGAGGAGGAGCAGCAAACCUCUGCUGUUUGGAGGCUUUUUGAUGACAGAGCUACAGGAGAUGCUUCAAGGAGAAAUCCGACAGCUGAUGCUAUAAUGGAGGUGAGGAGCUACCUUGAGGAGCCCCUCAUCCAGAGAGCAGAAGACCCACUGAGCUGGUGGCAGGCCAAGGCCUCAGUCUUUCCACUCCUGGUGAAGGUGAUGGAGGGGAGACUAUGUAUUGUUGCCACAUCAGUUCCUUCUGAGAGAAUCUUCUCCAAAACAGGGCAGAUACUCACGGAGAGGCGAAAUCGUAUCAGGCCUAUCAGCCCAUCCAAGCUGAGGCAUCUGAUCUUCCUGAAUGCCAACCUGCCCUGAGGACUAAUGCUGUUUGCUGGAGUUUGGUUCUGGUUUUGAUUCUGUUCUGUGGAUUUGUUUGAAGUUUAUUGUUAAUUUGUGCAAUAAAAAAGUUUAAUUGAAAUAAACAAAUGUAAGAGUGGUUUUGUCACAGAAUAAAUGCACAGAAUUAGGCAUUAUAAGGUCUCUCAUAAAAACACUGAAAGCAAAAGGGUUUUCAACACAUAAACCAUGAUUUUUUUUCAAAGUUAAGGUAAAAUAUAGGCUACAAAAGAUCCUAAAUAAAGAGCCGUUCGGGAGUCGAAAGAGCCGGCUCUUCUUUGGGAGCCGAGUCAAAAGAGCCGGCUCUCAGAAAAGAGCCGAACUUCCCAUCAUUAGU